CUCCAAUUUCGGAGUUCAGAACGGCGCCUAUUGGACUCCGGUCAAUGAUUGGGCAUACAAAAAUAGAACGAACAUGCUGUACUACGGGACAGGAUAUGAAUCUUAUGCCACUCCACCGCCCGCGCCUUGGGGAUGGGGUGUUGGACCUCGUCAAAAAAACGCUCGUCCACGAGCAGCGGCCGCCAUUCCCCCUCCGCAACACUAUACACCCGCUAAUCAUCAAACAACAGCGGCUCCCGAAAUCCCAAAACGACCAACGAAUGGUUUAGGUAAGGCACAGUAUGGGAGUCAGACGAAGGGAUCGCCAAUUAGCAAGCAAUCACUACCUCAACAAAAGGGCGCGAUCGGCUCGAGCGCCAAGAAUCUCGCGGAUGCCGAUUCGACUCCGGGUCGGCAGAGUAAGAACGCUCUGGACGAAACAACCUGGCCACCCAAACUGAAGGAAUACGCGGCGCGGGCAUUUUCGAAAUGCAAAUCCCGAUUCGACAAGAAUCAAGUGGAAAUCAUCCUCAAAGGGAAAAUAACGGCAGCCAUCGAAACCGACCGACUGUGGAGCAUCAACUGGGACGAGGAAGCUCUGCCGACAGUCUACAGCGAAACAUUGGAGAAGGCCAAGAGAGAAGCUGAAGAGAGACAACAGAAGUUGAAGCGAGAACGUGAAGAGUUCUUGAAGGAGAAGGAACGAGAGAAAAAUCGGCGAUCUCUGAGUUCAUACGCUGCCGAAACUUCGUCGGACGAUACAUCUAACGGAAAUCGAGCGAUUGACGGGAGACAUGACUUUAGGAAAUCGAGCGAUUUGCAAACCGUUUCAUCGGUCGUCAGGAACGCGAAAUCCAAUCGCAAAGACAGCGAUAAGAAAUCGAACGAGAAGCACCAGAACGAUUUUCUUUCUCUCUCAACCCCUUCGCACAAACAGCGCAAAUCGGUCAUCGAUAGGUUGAGCUUCACAAAGGGGGGUAAAGUUGUCGACGACGAUGACAGUGGCAGCGGUCGCGAUAAGGACUCAAAGGGUCCGACUUCGCUCAAGAAGAAAAAGUUCAGCCGAAAAAUUCUCGACGAUGAGUCAGAUUGCGACCCGAGCGUCCUACAGAAACGGGCAAGACGUUUCGGUGGAGAGCAAUCCGUCAAAGUUCGAAAAACAGAUAUGUCGAUGAACUCCACACUUUUCGCCGAUAACUCGUACGAGGAUUGGCAGCAGAACGCCAUUGAGGGCACAUGCACCGAUAUUGAGAAAGCGUACUUCCGUCUCACUUCCGCCCCCGACGCUAGCACGGUGCGACCGGUGCAUAUUUUGAGGAAGUCGCUUGAAAUGAUCAAAAAGCACUGGAUCACGAAACAGGACUACCAUUAUGCCUGUGACCAGCUUAAGUCCCUCCGUCAGGAUCUCACCGUACAAUGCGUUCGUACGCUUUUCACCAUUGAGGUGUAUGAAACACAUGCGCGAAUCGCGCUAGAGAAAGGCGAUCACGAAGAAUUCAACCAGUGCCAGACACAACUCAUGUCCCUUUACGCGGAGUUCCCCGAGGCCGAGCAUCGGUCCGAGUUCAUCGGGUACAAAUUGCUCUACCAAGUAUUCACCGAAAAUGUCACUGACAUUAACGACACGGUGACAACGCUUACGAGCGUCGAGCGAAAGGACCCGGUGAUCUCCCAUGCGGUGCGCGUAAUUUCGGCUUGGAACACGAGAAACUUCAAUCGACUGUUCAAACUGUUUCGGUCCGCUCCUCGAAUGUCACCUUAUGUCAUGGAAUGGUGUUUGGACAAGGAGCGAAUUGCGGCCUAUAAGGCAUUAGUCAAAGCAUUUCGUCCAGAUUUGCCGUUGGAUUUUGUGCAGGACAGUCUAUGUUUCGAUGGUAUUGAGGAACUGAAAGACUUCCUGGGAGACCAGAACGCCAUCGUCCGAGGAAAUGUCUUGGACUGCAAAGCGUCUUUUGCGCAAAUGUCGUGA